CCGCGUCGCAGCCAACCACAGAAUCAACCCCGCCGGCGCCCGCCGCCCCGCCUCCCGCGCUGCUCCCGGCACGGCCUGGGCGGGGCGGGGCACGCUGUGGCGCGGCUUUCGGAGCGGAUCGAGCUCGGCGGGCGCCAUGCGGAACCGCGCGGAGGUGGAUGCUACGCUGCAGACGGCCAAACUGAACCCGGCGGAGCUGCUGCCGACCGUCCAUUGCCUCAGCUUCGGCCCGCAGGCCAGCGCCGGCGAGUGCUGCCUGCUGCAGCUGGAGCCGGGCCUCUGCGCCGAGCUGGAGGCGGGACGCAGCCUAGUAAUCCGUGGUGAAAAGGAUGAACAAGCAGUGUUGUGCAGCAAAGAUAAAACGUACGACAUGAAAAUAGCAGAUACCUCAAAUAUGCUGCUGUUUAUUCCUGGUUGCAAAACUCCAGAACAGCUGAAUGACAAUCAAGCAUCUUGUAAUAUUAUUCAUUCACAGAUUGCUGGCUUCUCCAAUAACUAUUGGGAAUUAAGGAGAUGUCGACCUAAACUGAAGAAACUGAGGAAGCUUUUAAUGGAAGAUCCAUAUGAAGGGCCAGAUAGUCAGAAAGAUCAGACUUCAACAUUUUUGAAGUAUACAACAGAAGAUUUGUUAAGUCUGAUUCAAGCAAGUGAAGAAGAAAUAUUGCACCAAUUGCAGGUUAUAGAUGCCUGUGAAAUUGAAGGAUAUUGGAGAAUUCUAGAAUUUGACUAUGAAAUGAAACUCUUGAAUCAUGUGACUCAGCUAAUAGAAUCAGAGUCCUGGCCUUUAAGUAAGGUUCCUUUACGUACCUGCCUUGAGGAACUUGGAUCUCUAGAACCCACAGAUAUGAUAGAACAUAUUCUUCUAAGCUAUGGAAGGAAAUAUGUUGAUGAUGCAGGGGAGGUUUACUUUGAGAUGCAUGAAGAUAAAAUAUGCAGAUCUACAGCACAAAUGCUUUUGCAAAAUGCAGUUAAAUUCAAUCUAUCAGAGUUUCAAGAAGUGUGGCAACAAAGUGUCCCUGAAGGGAUGACAGUAAGGCUUGAUCAGCUGAAGGGCUUGGCUCUUGUGGAUAAAAGCUCGAGACCAGAGACCAUCUUUCUGCUAAAAGUAGAAGACUUACCUGAAGACAAUCAGGACAGAUUCAACAGCUUAUUCAGCAUACGGGAAAAGUGGACAGAAGAGGAUAUUACCCCUUAUAUACAAGACUUAUGUGCAGAGAAGCAGACAGUCGGUGCUCUUCUGACAAAAUACGCUCGCUCGUCAAUGCAGAAUGGUGUUAGAGUUUAUAAUUCUAGAAGACCCAUCUCAUAACAAGUAUUGGUUUAAGAACAGAGAAUCCUCAGUGGAGUAACAGUGAACAUUGCAUCUUCCUGCCUUCUGGGGAAACAAGUUAUCAACCAAUAUCAUACUGUGUUCUUAAGCAGCUAAGCUGCUUGAAUGAGUUUUGUUUUCUGCUCAGCUGAGUAGAACGUGAGGUCACUUGUCUUUCCUGGAAACCAGUGUCAGCAGCCCGUGCGCACCGUCUUCUUCCUUCGUGUCUAUAGUUAUGCCAGGAGUCAAGCUACUUCUUGAACACACUUUAGCCAUCUAUCUAUACACUGAAGUCUGACAUUGAAAGUUAAAACCUCCUUGAUAAUAAUUGAAGCAAUUUAAUUGAUUUCAAUGGCAAAAUUGACUGCUUAGCCUUUUGCCCAUUAGUGAGCAUUCUUAAAGAUUUUGUAGCAUCAUUGACAUUCUGAGUACUGCAGACCUUGACAAGCUCAUGAACAAGUUACUCCUAACUGGGACUACACUAGUCUUAAUUUUGGAAGGUGGUUCUUUCUGUGGUCAUGUCUGCGAGUAACACUGGCACAAGCUCUUGACACUUAAACAUUUGGCAGAAUUGCCUUUUAAUUAUUACAAAAAAAAACCCCCCACAACAUUGCAAUCAAGUGUGAUGGUAUGAAAGAAAAGUUAAACAUUGUGUUAUGAAAUUCCUAUAAACUGCCAUUAGAAUGUAGCUGAUGCAAAAUUAAUAUUUUACAGAAGACUACCUUUGCUUUUCAAAGAGAACUUAUAAAACUUUCUAAUGCAAUUAUUUUUUUAUUUUUUUUUUAGAAAUUGCCUUGAAAACUUAGGCUGGAAUGUUAUUCUCUGUAGAGCAAUGAAACAGGUUAUUUUUAUGAUAUUGUCAUGAAGUGGAGUGUCUGAAAUUGAAAUUUUGUAAUCAUUAAAAAGGAUUGUUUGCAUUUAUGAGUCAGAGCUUAAUAUUAUGCAUUUUUCAGUUGUUUUUUAACAGUUGUAUUUUUUAUUAAAAAAAGUAUUUGCUGCAUCAAACUCAGAUGUAAGGUAAGAAAAACUUUGGAAUUGCUAGCAUGUCAAGUGUAGAGUGAGCAGGGAGAGGAAAGAAACUCCAUCUCAAUUGUGACUCUUAAAUGGAUGUGUCAUCCUUAGAAUUUGUUAUAGAUAAAAAACUGAAUAAAGCCUACUUCCUGA